AUGGGGGGAGUGCGCCCAGAUGGAAAUGCCGCAAUAUGGCUUACCGGUCUAGCAGCAAUCCGACUCGAACACCGCAUAUAUGUAUUAGUGGGAAGAGUAUUCGGAUGGAUGAUCGACUUUAAUCGGCUGGUCGGCUCAUCGUGGCUUUCAUUAUGGGAUGACUCCAGGUGGACCGACUCUAUGCACGCGCCGACCCGAUCGCCGACUCCCGCGCCGACCAGCUCACCGACACCCGCUCCGACCAGCUCACCGACUCCUGCACAGACCAGUCCACCGAUUUCCGCGCCGACCAGCUCGCGGACUCCUGGGCCGACCAGCUCUCCGACUCCCGCGCUGACCAGCUCACCAUCACAGAUGGCUGGCGAGGCUCUGGAGGCCAACGGAUUCCAGCAAUACGGCAAUAAGGGCAACAUGAUUGAGGACAGCAUCAGGGCAACCACAUCCAGGAGAGCGCUGCACGAUCGAUGCCAGUUGCACGGCGUGGAGGAGCACUGUGACGAUCCGCACUGCGACGUACGCGGGUUCUGA